AUGCCGGAGCAAACGACGAUGCCAGCGACCAUUACUCAAAAUCAAGAUGACUCCAAAGAAGUUACAAAUCCUGAAGAAAAUGUAAAAGAUACAGAAGAGAAACCAAACGAACAGCUCCAACCAAAGCCGGAUAUAGAUUUAUACGAUGAACCCAAGUUAUCGGAAAUCAUUAUCGAAUAUUAUGAUGGCGAAAGACAGAAAGGCUUAUUUCAUGGAUAUGGUACGGCAUAUUUCAUUGGAGGAAAUAUUUAUCAGGGAGAGUUUCAUGAAGGAGAAAUGCACGGAAGUGGUAGAUACGUUUGGUAUGAUGGAGUUAUUUACGAGGGUGACUUUAAUCGUAAUGAAAUUACGGGAGCAGGCAAAUAUACAUGGACGGAUGGGAGUCAAUAUGAAGGUGAAGUAUACGCUGGUUUACGACAUGGUAAAGGUUCUUAUCGCAGCUCGUCAUGUCCCUCAUCAUACAUAGGGCAGUGGAUUCUUGGAAAGCGCCAAGGAUGGGGAGUUAUGUAUUAUGAUGUUGAUGGGCUAUCUUAUUAUGAUGGCCAAUGGCAAGAUAAUAAUCGACAUGGAUUUGGUGUUAGACGAUAUCGUUCCGGGAACGUUUAUGAGGGCGAGUGGGAAGACGGCUUACGUAAUGGAAAAGGCACAAUGAGAUGGUUAGAUCAGAAUGAAACUUAUUCCGGCAUUUGGAAAGAUGGCGUUCAGCAUGGUCAUGGAGUACAUACCUGGUUUGUUUCUAGAGCAGUUGAUACACAGUUUCCUGUUCGUAAUCAAUACAUUGGCAAUUGGCAACAGGGAAAACGUCAUGGGUUUGGUGUUUUUCAUUACGCAAACGGCGCAAAGUAUGAUGGUCAAUGGUCAAAUAAUAUGAAGCAUGGAAAGGGAAAAUUCUAUUUUAAGAACGGAACAGUGUUCGAUGGAUCUUUUGAGGAAGAUCACAUGGUAGAAUAUCCACUACAUGAAGAUCCCAAUAACAGACCUAAAUCUCCACUUGGUAGUCCCUCCAGACUAAAAUCACCGCUAGGAUCUCAUACAGAUGAAUCAAUUGAUGGAAGUUUCGAAAGUAAUCUGUUGAUAAAUAUUGAAAACUUACUAACUAGUACAGAUGUAUUCGAUAUGAAAGAUGAGCUUGCGAAGAUUCGCAACGUUAUGUUGAGAUACGUUAGUCCUUUGAAACGAUUUUACCGCUUUUACUCACGUCUUGGGCACAGCGCUUCUGUUGAUAAUACAUUUUGUAUGAGAAGAUUUCAGUUUUGGUGUUUCCUACGUGAUUGCCACAUACAUCAUUAUGGAUUAACAUUAACGGAUAUGAAUCGAAUUAUAGCAAAACAUACUAACAAUCGCUCAGGAGGUGAGCAUGAUCCUAAUCAGAUACUUCUCAUCCGAGAUUAUUUCGAUGCUAUUGCCAUUUUAGCUAGCGCUAUAUAUGGAGCAGAAUUUAAUGGUGAUCAAGAUAAAUUAGCUAAAUGCUUACGGAAAUUAAUCACAGAAAAUAUUCUCAACAGUGCAACGCAUGUUAAAGGCCCGUUUCUGCAUGAUUCUCGUCGAUCAACAACAGCUAUGCAAUUAAUGCCGAGAACUCUAGAAUUAUUUCACAGUGUUUGCUUACAUCGACAGAAUAACUCAAACGGCUUCACCCUAAGAAUGCGGACCUUCUUACUAUUACUUAAAGAUUUAGGACUAAUCGAUGAGAAUCUAACGGCAAAACAUGUUAUUGAUAUACUCGGUGCAAAUAACCCUAAUGCUCUACAAGAUGGUGACUGUAAUCUCGAAAUUGAGAUGACCUUUUUAGAAUUUUUCGAGGCUUUGGUAUCAUGCGCACCUAUUAGUAUCCGCUUAUCAUCUGAUCGAGAAUCCAUUGUAACUAGACCAUCUACAGUUAUGUCAGCUAGACCUUUGUCAGAGCCGGUUAACAUGGAUAUAGGAGCUCAAAUGCAAAUGGAUACCUCAAUUAAUAGCAUUACUAAAAUCAACGAAACAACAGCCAACGAUAACCAGACCAUUCUACCGGUGGAUGAAAUUAAAGAAUCUGUUAAAACGAGUGAAAAUAGUGAAGCACAAAAACCAGGCGAUACGGCUUUACUAACUCCAGUACAAUCAACUGAUAGUCGGGCUGAUUUUGUAGAUGGCAAAAAUCAAGUAAAGACAAAUGCCAUUACUCGAGAUGAUAGCAUGCGCAACGCUAGUGGCAUAGUCCGAUCCGAAUCAGGUCGAGAAAUCUUUUCUGAGCAAAUUCUUGAUGAACGAGCAAUUAGUCAAAUUAGACCAUCUUAUGAAACCCCAAUGAGUGGAGCAUCACAGAUAUCUGAAUCGUUACUAGAAGAAGAUAAAGUAACUAUGAUUGCUAAUCCAAUUGGUACUAUCCAUUCCUCUGGUCGAGAAUCUAACACUCACAGUUCGCCGGAUGCUUAUAUUGCAUGGGCUAAGAAGAUUCACUUAUUUUUUAAUGAAAGACUAUUUGUUGCAGCUGAACAGGCUAAUCUAAUUGUACACUCUAUAAAUAUCGAAGAUAUAUAA